AUGCCCACUUACCUGUGUCACGGCUUCCGGUGGCAUCGCCGAAGCAUCCGCUUCUUUGUCAUCAUCUACGACGUGCUCGACGCGGCGCCGGACUGGAUCGUCGGCCGGGGCUCGUCGGCGGCAAUACUGGAGCACUUCUACGAGAGAUAUGAGUUUCUGCCCCGGCCGCCUUCCUCUAGAAAUCUCUCCGAGCCGCCUGUAGGGGAUCCUGAGGGUCCCACAGAUGAGAGCAAUGGGGAUGAGAGCGAGGGCGACGACGAUAACCGCACCGUACGCCUCGACCAAGACCCCGUACUGAUAAACGAUGAGUGGUCUGCCGUGAAGCUCCUGGAGGAAUAUGACCCCCGGGAGACCGUGGAGCCGUGCCGGCCAUAUGCAUAUGUCGCCGACUAUGCUGUCCGGGUGGAGCUCAGCGCUGAUGUGACGGAGGAGAUUGCUCGCUAUGAGCGGAUAGCUAGUGAGAGAGGCGGCAACUCUUGGUUUGAGAAACUGAGAGACGCAUUGGAGAAGGAUGAGGAGAUUGGAUGGUUUGUUGUAGUGAACGGGGUCGAGGAUGAUAUUGUCGAGGCGGAACGCCGGAUGAGAAUGGCUGGGCACAUGCCCGGCCAGUCGCACGUUGAUGAGUCUGAUGAGAAAAUAGAGCCGGGAGAGACUGCCACGAAUGACGACAGCAUAGAUGAGUUGGGGAAGCAGCAGGAUAUGAAGAGGCCACCGUCGAGGAUGAAACGGCUGAAAGAGAUUGUACUUCGAAAAUGA